AGCGAGACUUCGCACGAGGAUCAAUGUCGCACCACAAUCCUUCCCGCAAACCCAGCAAGAUACUGACAGAGUAUGCCAGCGAGACUGCACUAACUAUAGCUUAUUUAAAGUCAUUGUAGCUAGUUAUUCUAGUUCUUUAGAGUAAUCCACUACUGUAGCUCAUUAAUCCAGCUAAUACUCCAGCUGCUCUUGCUUACUUCCUUCUGAAUGGUAUGACAAGUUCAGUCUCUAUCCUCCCCAUCCGCUCGCUGUGCUCGCACCGUAGCGUCGCACCAGGUCCCUAAAAUGGUCCCCAUUUUUCUCCAUGGUUGCUUUUUCGCACCGGACCCACACUAAUUCUCGCCCUCCAGUCCCUAACCUCUCGCUAGCCUCCCUCGCCCUCGCCCCCGCGACCGCGCGCUCGUCGCUCAUUCAACAUUUGCCAUCCAAUCCACCACCACCCACCACUUCACUCUUCCAGCACAAUGUCUCCUGCAAAAGAAGAAGUGACCUCCGAACACGCCAAGAAACAGCCUCCCAAGGCACCCAAGGAAGAAGAGUUGUCUGAAGAAGACCAACACUUGAAAGAUGAAUUGGAAUUGCUCGUGGAAAGAUUGAACGAAGCCGACCACAAGGUGGAUUUCUACCAACAGUGCUUGACCACUUUGAAGACGUUCAUCAAGGACUCCACCACCUCCAUGACCGCGGUGCCCAAGCCAUUGAAGUUCUUGAGGCCCCACUACCCCAACUUGACCGAAUUGUACACCCGCUGGAAUGACAAGUCCGACUCCUCCUACGCCGCCAUCAUCAUCAAGCUUGCGGAUGUGUUAUCGGUGUUGGCUAUGACAUACUCCGACGACGGCAAGAAGGACUCCUUGAAAUACCGCUUGUUGUCGUUCGAAGAGCCCAUAUCAGACUGGGGCCACGAAUACAUGCGCCACUUGGCCUUGGAGAUCGGCGAGGCCUACCAGGAAUCGUUGGGGUCUGAGGACAACACCACCGACCGUUUGAUCCAGUUGGCGUUGAAGAUCGUGCCAUUCUUCUUGAAACACAACGCCGAGGCCGACGCUGUCGACUUGUUGCUCGAGAUCGAAAGCAUCGAUAAGUUGCCCCAAUACAUGGACGAGAGCACCUUCGCCAGAGUGUGUCUCUACAUGGUCAGCUGUGUUCCGUUGUUAUCUCCCCCAGAUGACACCUCCUUCUUGGAGACCGCGUUUGCUAUCUACUUAUCCUACAACCAAUUGCCCCAGGCCUUGACCUUGGCCAUCAAGUUGGACGACGAAAGCUUGAUCAAACAGGUGUUCGAGGUUACCAACGACGACUUGGUCCACAAACAAUUGGGGUUCAUCUUGUCCCACCAAUACAGUAACUUCAAAUACCCUGGUGACAACCCCGAGGUCCAAGAAACCAUCUCCAACUCCAAAUUACACGAAUACUACGCCUACCUCGUGAAGGAACUUAAUUUAUUGGACCCCAAGGUUCCGGAAGAUAUCUACAAGUCCCACUUGGAAAAUGCUAAAUUCGGUUUGGGAACUUCUGGCUCAAUUGACUCGGCCAAGCAGAACUUGGCUACUGCAUUUGUAAAUUCCUUCAUCAACUUGGGUUACGGUACCGAUAAAUUGAUCCAAACUGAAGAGGACAACAAAUCCUGGAUCUACAAGACCAAGGGCCCUGGUAUGAUUUCCACCACCGCGUCUUUGGGUUCUAUUCACCAGUGGAAUAUCAACGAUGGUUUGCAACACUUGGAUAAGUACACUUAUUCCUCAGACGACGAAAUCAAAGCUGGUGCCUUGUUGGGUAUUGGUAUUGUGUCUUCCAACGUCCACGACGAUGUUGACGCUGCCUUGGCUUUAUUGCAAGAAUACGUCUCUGAUCCAAACAAGCUUUUGCAAGCAUCCGCUAUUAACGGUCUCGGAAUUGCGUUUGCUGGCUCUAGCAACGAAGAGGUUUUAAACUUAUUAUCACCAUUGGUGUCUGAUUCCGAUGUAUCUAUGGAAAUCUCGUCCUUGGCUGCCUUGGCUUUGGGUCAUGUUUUCGUAGGAACUUGCCACGGUGACAUCACAUCAACCAUCUUACAAAGUUUGCUAGAAAAGGACUUCUCUCAAUUAACCAAUAAGUUUGUUAAGUUCAUGUCCUUAGGUUUGGGUUUAUUAUACAUGGGCAAGACCGAUCAAGUGGAAUACGUGUUGGAAACCAUUGAAGCCAUUGAGCAUCCAAUCAACAAGACUUUGAAGGUUUUGGUUAAUAUCUGUGCUUAUGCCGGUACUGGUAAUGUGUUACAGAUCCAGUCUUUGUUGCAAAUGUGUACCGCUAAGCCAAAGGAUGUUUUAGCUGAAGAAAAGAAGUUGGAACAAAGUGAAGAGGACCAAAAGAAGACAGAAGUCAAGGAAGAAAACAAGGAUGUGGAGAUGGAAGAUACCGAGUCCAGUGACAAGAAGCCAGAAGAAAAGGAAAAGCCUGAGGAAGCAGAAGAGGAAGAACUUGAUGGUGAGGACUCGGACGACAACGAAAGUGACGAAGAAUUAUACCAAGGUAUUGCCGUGCUAGGUUUAGCCUUGAUUGCCUUAGGUGAAGACAUUGGUCAAGACAUGUCGUUGCGUCACUUCUCGCACUUGAUGCAUUACGGAAACUCGUUGAUACGUAGGGCUGUUCCUUUGGCGAUGGGUUUGGUUUCUGCCUCUAACCCACAAAUGAAGGUCUUCGACACCUUAUCUCGUUACUCGCAUGACCCUGACUUGGAAGUUGCCCAAAAUGCCAUCUACUCCAUGGGUUUGGUUGGUGCCGGAACCAACAAUGCUAGAUUGGCCCAGUUGUUGAGACAAUUGGCCUCUUACUACAUCAAGUCUCCCGAUUCAUUGUUCAUGGUUAGAAUUGCCCAGGGUAUUUUACACUUGGGUAAGGGAACCUUGACUUUGACUCCAUUCAACUCUGAGAGAACUAUCUUGUCGAAGGUUUCUUUGGCCUCCUUGUUGACCAUUUCCAUUGCUCUCUUGGAUCCAAAGAGUUUCAUCUUGAGUGAUUCCACCACCGAAACCACCCACCAAUUAUUGUACUACUUGACGCCUGCCAUCAAGACCAGAAUGUUGGUCACUGUUGACGAGCAAUUGAACCCAAUCAAGGUCAACGUCAGAGUAGGUCAGGCUGUGGAUGUUGUUGGACAAGCUGGUAAGCCUAAAACCAUCACUGGAUGGGUGACCCAGUCCACUCCUGUGUUGUUGAACUACGGCGAAAGGGCCGAGUUGGAGUCUGACGAGUGGAUCAGCUUGAGCAACUCGUUGGAGGGGGUGGUAAUUUUGAAGAAAAACCCCGACUACAUGGAGGUGGAAAACAGUUAAAUUGGAGAUUCGUUUAGAUAAUAAAUUACGUGCCUAAUGAAUGUAGUUAGAAUUAGUGAAAUUCGCUCAGAUAAUAAAUAGGUGAGGAGGAAACAGUGGAGAUAAUUGAGUGACAAAUGUAAAGAAAGCUUGGAGAUACUAGGGGUAAAAAUUAUUAUCUAUGAGUUGGUGGAAAGUAAGCUUAGAGAUUCGGUUGGUGGAGAACAGUUGAAUACGCUAAUAAUUACGAGACUAUUGAAAAAGUAAAGAAGCUUCGUUUA